AUGGAUUUCUUGACAAAUUAUAGACGAAAUGUUUUCAAGCGGUACAGCCAGGUAUCGGGCGAAGACGCGGGGUCGGAAUUCGGUGAGGAGAACCACAAGGCGAAUGAUCAUGCGAAUCUUGGCCAAGAAGAAAGGUCUCGUGUCUGGGUAGUGCUAACAUGGUUCUUUGCCUUGAUGUCUACGUACCUUGUCUUCAAAAAUUGGGAACUACGAAAUAACAAUGGCUUUGGCACAUACGGUGGUGGAUUCGAUACGGAGUUUUUGCCAGCUACACGAGCGAUCAGGUCUAUCAAAACAAGGUUCUCCGGUAGCCCGCGAUUUGACGAGACAGGAGAAGAGUACUUCUUGCCUAACUCGGAUAUAUCUGUAUUCGCCGGACCGCCCAGCCCAGUUGUUGACGAGGGUUGGAAUAGAAUUACUGGUGGAAUAGGAGGUCUCUAUUUUCUCGUCACCGACGAAGAGGCAAAACAAUCAUGGGGAGAAAGUCUAGAUGAAUACUGGGAUGAUCGUCGUGGAGGAUACCGCGCCGGGUAA